CGUUGCCGCUUUGAUGUAUACGGUGCUAGUGAACGAUAUUUAUAAGCCACAGAGCAUUGUUUUAUUGCAAAACGUUUUCCGCAGUACCUGGGUCCCCUAGUAACCCUUUUCUGUGUCCGAAUGGAGCAAGCUGGGCGAGCUGGACGAGUCUCCCGUGCGUUUUAGUUGCAUGCCUUCCAGCACGGCCUCAUAUUCCAAGGUUUGGAGGCUUCCUCUUUCCUUGAUGUUUAGACAGAGUCCCGGCUUUUUUUAAUUUCACGUUUUGUUCCGUGUGUCUUUAAAAAACAGUUGAGUCGUCAACUCCUCCGGUCGUCUUGCGGAGCCAAGUGAAGACACUCGAAAAAGCGGACGCUUUUUCUAUGUUUUGGUAACUACGAAUUCGCGUCCGGAGGAAAGAACACACACUCUUUCCUCCUCUAUCGGCAGCUCCUGCAUCAAGAUAUCUGCUACUCUUCACCGCUCGCGUCUUUCGGCGAGAGAUGCAUUUAUCGCCGUCGCCCGCUACAGAAGGCGGACACUGUAAACGGCGAGGCGAGCACAGUCGAAAUUUGGUUUUUUGUUGAAGUCCGGAUACUUUCGGGAAUCUCUUCACCUUUCCAUUUCUUCUCGGGUGGGCGCAGAGCUUCGCCUAACGCGCUUCGCAAUCCGCAAACGCACCAGAGUCCGCCAGCAGCUAACUCGAGGAGUUUUCCCGUGGUUGAACGUGAGAAAAUGGAGAAUGAAACUCAAAACGUCGAUCCGCCACCGGACAAGGAGGCUGCCAGCGGAGCUUCUUCCGUCGAAAAGACAGAGGCGGCCGAAUUAUCGCCAGAACAGGAAAGUGAGGAGCCACCGGGGGUAGGCGGCCCCGGGUUUUCGCAGGAGGCAGACGCGACUCCUUCCAACCCCGUAAGACGAGAAAGUUCGAUUUUGAAGACACGGGACAGUUCUCUGGGAGAAAAGGCUCUGAACAAAGGUGUGAGCUGGGGCGAAUCUGUCGACGAUUCUCCGGAGUCAGACGCGCGGCCGGCAGCCUCGCCUCUGGAAAAAGCUGCGAGCAAAGCAGACGAGGCAAGAAAGACGAAAGUCACUGUUCCCAGACUGCAGCUGAAAACCAAUCAGACGGACAUGUCUGGUGAAAAUGGCGAAGCUGCUGCAGAUUCAUCGAGAGCUUCGUUUCCCGGUAUAGCCCAUGGUGGCUCUCUUGCCUCUUUAGGGAGCGCGACUUCUUCAGUCCACGCUAGCGCAGAAUCGGCUCAACAGAUCCUUUCCAGUGCUUUCCACACGGUGUACAGGCACUCUUCGCAUGCGUCACGAUUCGCAAGUCGAUCCAGGGGAAGCCACACCAGGAUGCUUGUCCGCGCCGACAUGGUGCCUGAACACCCCGACAGCGAAGAAGUAUAUGGCUUCGCGUCUCGUUCCUCGCGAGAGUCCCGUGAGGAGAGGCCUCCCUUGAGAAGUCUCUUUGCCUCUCGCGCCGUCCGGUCCGGACGCUACAACGCUGUCUCCAAUCCUCCGACGGAAGUGACUCACUCAGCGAGUGCUCCGAGUGCGGCUUUUCGGUGCCCCAGCGUCGCUUCCAGUUUGGCAGAGACGCCUCGGAGCGCUCUCUUCGGCUCCCGUCACGCUAGCUCGAAGGGUACACCAUCGGAACAAGGGGAACGGAGACACAGGCACUUCGCUUCCGGCAGCCAGGAUGGCGGGAAGUUGACGAGCAACGCGUCCUUGGAUUCGCUGUCACCGCGCGAGGCCCCCCAUGCCCUCGCUGCGGACCUUCUCGAUGCCAGCCGAGCAGCCGCUGCGAUGGACUCAGCAGGCGGGCUCCGGCAGAUGGCGUCGAAGAGGAAGCCCCAGUCAAAGUCUUCAUUUCGAUCGGCUCCGUCGCGAGGCUGCCUUCUCUCCGAGGAGCUGCAGAGAUCAUACACGCGACACGAGAACGACAUUUUUUCUGAAAUUCUCGAAAAACUGGAGGAGAAGAAAGGGCGAGGUAGCGCCGAAGACCAAGUGUACGAACACCUCCCCAGGACUCACAAGAAGAGAGACGGGUCUCCCCUCGCUUCAAGAGACGCACGGCGCAGCGAGGGAAUGACUUGCCUCGGAAUCAAGGCGCUGAACGUUGAAAUAGUAGAUAGUGCAGUCGAUCCAGAAUGGGCCUUUCAACAGUUCAGUGGGAAGAAGAUCGACGCCGGCGCGCGGUUCGACGACCAUCUCGACCGCUUGGUAGAUACACCCGAAGAAGUGACGCUUCACGGAUACUUUCCAUUCCAGAAAGAAAGCGCGAAAAGCAGAUACGAGCGCCUCAUCACGGAGGUCCCUCACGCUCUCGUCGCCGUGAAAGAAUACUUUUCUAACGUUGACACGCUGGAAAAAAUUCACAAACAGGAGGAACAGCUCCCCGAGGAAUCACGGGCGAGUUUUCUUCUCAGACUCAACGGCAUGUUGGAAGACCAGGGAGCGGCGCUCACGUGUAUGGUGAAGAACUACGUAGCGACGGAUGUGACUCUCCAAAACAUGUUGUUUGGCCGCACACAUUUCACUCCGGAGGGGGAGUCUGUCGAUGUCGACUUGUUCGAUCCCUAUUGCCCCGACGACUGUGUUUCCCUCAAUGCCGUCGCCUCCAGCGUCUGCAGCGCUCUUUCACAACAAGCGACCGCUGCUCUUGCCAAGCCUGUACCUCAGAUUGGAGGAUCUGGGAUUCCACCACCACCUGUUCGAAUUCGAGACGGCAUGAUCAAUGAUGAAGUUGCUGUUGCAAAUCUCGAGCGGCGCAUCGCAGCCAUCGAAAGCCGGCUAGAUGAGGUCUGCGAGAUGGUCGACGGAGACGGUCUGCUUCCGUGUGAAGACCUGACGCCAGAGGCGCUGGCCCGCUUCAAGGCGGAUUCGCGGGACUUUGCAACGCAACUGACUUGCCUACAUCGUCUUCUGUCUCGCACUUUCUCGGAGACUGUGCUAAACCAAUUGGAGACGCGGCUGCAGCUCGUGAAGAGACAGCUGGACGAGCAGGAUGACUUUUCCCGGCGACGAGAACAGCAGCGAGCUCGAGGGAAACAGCGACAGCGCGAAGGCGGAAACACUCCUGUCGACUACGACGACAUUCUCGCGGACUGGAAACCGGAAAAACUCCUCGAAAAACUCCACGAAUCGAUCAAGGAAUUCGACGCAGCUGCCGGACGGGUUGACACGGUGGGAGGCCAACUGGAAGCUGCGUUUGCUGCUCGCGAACCACUCGUGGAAUUCCUUCAGCAAAUGCGCAAACAGGAAAAGCAGAACGAAGUUUUAAAGGCCUCUCUGGGGUCGACAGUGGAGAUGCUCAAGUCGUUGAAUGCGGCUCGAAGGAUAGCGAAAGAUUCAUCGGUACCAGCAGUGUUAGGUUUUUCGGGUGCGGAGGUGACGGGUGGUGCGGGAGUGAAGAAGGCGACAGGCUUGGCUGCGAAUUUUGCGCGAGCUCAAGCGAAUGUUCAGCUCACGCGGUCUGCUGGUCUCAACGAGGAAAGUUGGUUGCGGAGACCGGUGAAAAAGGAGGGAUCGACAGAAAAGGACGAGACUCAGAGGGGUCUGUCAACCAGAGUCUCGUUCGAGUCCCGCGAGCGCCAGGUGCAGCGCGAGAGCUCAGUCAACGGGGCGCCUUCACAUGAGAAUCUGCAUACGCGUCUGAGCGAGGAAAGGCCAGUGGGGAGCUCGCCAAGAGAGACGAGUCAAGACCAGGCAGAUAUCCAGACGCAGUUCGCUUCGGAAGAAGAGACAGCAAACAAUUGUCUAGAAAAUCAAUCAGAUGCCUGAAACGCUUCAUCGGUUCUUUGUAGUCACCUUGACCAACCGGGUGUUGUCGAGUUUUCAUCGUGCGAACAGGAAAAUGAAACCCAAAUUUUUUGUGUCAAGCUGACGCAACAAGGCCCAGUAGCGCCAUGUUGGCGGCGCCGUGCCGAGGCCAGGCAAAAGCGAGGGGAAAAGAGGGCAGUGAGCCGUAAGGAAAAUUCAGAGAGGUCGAGUGUGUAGGUCGCGACAGCGAAGAAGGAAGCAGCCCCAGCUUCAGAGCGAGAAGGCCGCAGGGAAAGAAGAACGGAAGGAGAAACCACUGUGGCGCGCCACGUAAGGGUAAAAAGGGACGGGGCAGAAGAAAGAAACACAAGUAGAAAGGGAAGGUAUAGAGGAGACAAGAAGAAAGGCAGAGGCAACGAGGAUUUCGUAGGGGGAAAGAGGAUGAAAACACGAAAGAUGGAGAAUCCCCAUUCGCCAGAAUCACGACGUGACUGAACAGCUGAGAGCAACAGCUUAUUAGACAGGGUUUUCUUGCCUUAGACAUCGAAACGCAGUCACGAGGAGUGCUGAUAUAUGAGAGCCUCGUUCGCUUGUCAGCUGGCAUCCCACAAUUCCUAAACAGCUCUUUCUGGAACGCGUGCUUUGUCGGCUCUCAAACUUCCGAAUGAGCCCUCUGUUUCUUGUACAACCACGCUGGACACAGGAAAGGCUCUCGUUUCGCAGUCACUCCGUUGGCGUUGGUUACCAUCGAUAUGUAUAUAUAUAUAUAUAUAUAUUGUUGCGUGCAAAGGCAUACGCAUACAAUCAUAGAUACGACUAGGCUGGAACAAAGUCUUUUGUCUUGGCAUAUAUUUUGGAUGAACCUGUCUAUCAUGUCAAAACUACCGGCGGAGUCACAAGGGGCGGGGGGACGCAGCGCCGUGUGUCAAAAAAAAGGGAGUGCUGCUUCAGCGGAGUUUUGUACGUGGCUUCUCUUCCGAGAUCAAGUGGUUCUGGUCACAGCGUGUGGUACGGACUGUGGAUCGGUUUUUCGGAGCGUAAGGCAGUUUCAACCGAACUAGGCUACCAAGGAUGGUUGCUGUCGCAACGAAGAAUUUCAAGACACCGCGCCUUCUUUAG